GAGAAAGUCCCACUCUAGAGUUCAGUUGGAGACAGAUUCUUUGUUUCUUCACGGUGCAGAAGCAAGAUGGGGUCUCUGUUGGGCUUUGGAGUUCUGCUUGUGAUGGUGGUGACAGUGGGAGGCUUGUCUCCCCAGGUGAAGAGCGUGGGGCCUCCAGAGCAUUUCCUGCACCAGGCGAGGGCCGAGUGCCACAUCGCCACCAACGGGACGCGGCGGGAGGUGCACUUCCUGGACAGGUUCUUCUGGGACCGGCAGGAGUAUGUCCGCUUCGACAACCGCGUCGGGGAGUUCCGGGCCGUCACCGAGCUGGGAAAGGAAGUAGCCCGACAGUACAACAGCGAGAAGGCCUUCCUGGAGGGCGAGCGGCACGUGGCGGACUCCUUCUGCCUCCACAACUUCGACAUCAGCGUGCCCUUCGUCAGCAAGCGGAGAGUCCAACCCAAGGUGAAGAUCACCCCCACAGACUAUGACCGCUCCUCCCAAAACGGUUUGUUGAUUUGCAGUGUAGACGGCUUCUUUCCUCUGGAGAUUGAAAUCAAGUGGCUGAGGAAUGGGAAGGAGGAGGACCCCCACAAAGUGGUCACUACUGACGUGAUGAAGAAUGGGGACUGGACCUACCAGAUCCACGUCAUGCUGGAGACGCAGUUUACACGUGGAGACGUCUUUGGCUGCCAGGUGGAGCACGCCAGCUUCAAAGGCCCUGUCACUGUGCAAUGGGAACCACAGACAGAUUCCGCCAGGAGCAAGAAGUGGACGGGGGUCGUGGGGAUCGUGCUGGGGCUGGUCUUUCUGCUCCCUGGACUCGUCCUCUACCUGAAGAAUAAGAAAGGGCGUGCCAUUCCUCAACCUGGAGGACUCAUCAGUUAGAGUCCACAGCUCCCCAGGAUCCCACAAAGUGCAGAAGCAUUUUUUGUUCUCUCUUAUGAAAAUCCGUCUUUUCUUGCUUGGAAGAUGCAAAGUCUGGAAGGAGCACAGGAAGAACUGAGGACAAGCACAGCAUCCUCCUCACCUCCAGCCUGCCUCACAAAAAAGACCACCUCUUUUUUUUCUUUGUUUUUGCCUUUUAUCACUCUCUAUUUGGACACAGGGGUGGGGGGUAGGAUACUCCUUGAUGUCUUUCCGGCAUUUCGUCCUCUCGCCUGCCAGUUGACUAAGCUUGAGAUUUCUGCCCGCAUCUUGUGUUGGAUGGCCACACCAUGCACUGAGUCCCUCUUGGGAGUCUGGACUGUCCCUUAAACAGCAGCAGAGUCCUGUGGCCCUUAAAAAUGGCCUCUUAGUCUUUAAGGUGGUGCAAGAUUCUUUGUUGGUUUUGCUGCAACAGAUUAACACAAGGCAAUCUCUUGUGAAUGGUCCCUGGGACUGUGGCAGACUAGGAACUAUUCGCAGAAGAACCUGUCUUACAGGUUAAAAUGUGUGUUUUAAAUAUAUAUUCAUGUUUUAAUAUUUAUUUUAGCUAUUGGUUACCAGAACAGUCAUCAUACUUGUAUUAGGUAUAGCACUUUUUCACAUGAUGAAGUAGUUUUUAAAAAGAAUUGGCCCCAAAGGUACAAGGUCAAAUCCAUCUCCACAGAGCAUUUGGUUAAUUUAGAAGAGCACUGCCAAACUUAUCUUUAGGUGCAUGUCAGUGUGAAAACAGUCACCAUUCCGGGCAAACCUGGGGCCUCUAAUUGGGGUAAAAGGUGCUUUUGGGUGCUCAUCUCGUUUUAUUAGUCAUAUCUAAUCCUUUCCUUACUCAGAGUCCCAAUUGCAAUUAGCUAAAUAUAGUAAAAGCAUUUUUCUAAUAAACCACCUUCCUCAGAAAUCCUCCAGAAUCUGUUCUUGUCCCAAGUUGGCCACCAUGAGGGGCGAGAGUGUUGAGAAGAGCCAUGUGGGUUAGCCCCAGCUCUGUGCAUCUAGCCACCUUUGUGUCUGACCCUCUCCCUCUAUUUCGGACAUUCAGAUCCAAAGACAUUCAGUUGAGUGGUGACUCUCUUUCUAAACAGAUGCUGCAGUUUUACAAUGCCCCUUUUCUAGGGUUUUCUCCCCCCCCCCCCGCCCCUGGUCCCAUUCACCAAUUCUCAGCACAAAUACUGAUGAUUCCAGUUACCAGGGACACAAUUUCCCACCCCCACCUACUGGUUUUAUUUGCUUGAUAACAGAUUUGUUAAUUAUACUGGAAAUUUUCAUUGGGUUUUUUAAAUCAUUGCAAACCUCUUAUAUUGACCAUCAUCUGACUCCUUUUCACUCUAGCAACAGAUUGUAUAGCACAACCUUGAUACAACCGAUUUCUUUUGAAUUGUAUCAAUAAAUAUUUUUCUGACCUCUC